UCAGCAUAUCUAAUCAUCACCCUCCACGUGGCGAAACGCCGUUUCUCGCCCUAUCUAGUAACCCCUCAACAAGUCAGUACUGAAAAUCGUUCAUCGGAAUAUCAAUCUCUGGAUUAGUAUUUUCAAAAAGCAUGGAGGCCACCAUGGCUUGCUGCUCAUCCGCCAGGGCGUUCCUGCCGGCUGCCGGCGUUGUGAGUCACCAGCAUUCCACUUCACUUGUGGCUCCAUCUUUUAGCUCCAAGAGCCUAAAAUCGAGCUCCCUCUUCGGAGAAUCACUACGACAAGUGCCACGAUCAUCGCUCAAGGUUUCCAAGACAAAACAUUAUACCCAUGUGACAAAAUGUGCAAUCGGUGAUAGCCUGGAGGAGUUUCUUGCAAAGGCAACCCCGGAUAAGGGUCUGAUCCGGUUGCUGAUAAGCAUGGGAGAAGCACUGAGGACUAUUUCCUUCAAGGUCAGAACAGCUGCUUGUGGAGGAACGGCCUGCAUUAAUUCUUUCGGGGAUGAGCAGCUCGCCGUGGAUAUGCUUGCUGACAAGCUUUUGUUUGAGGCCUUAAGUUACUCGCAUGUCUGCAAAUACGCUUGCUCUGAAGAGGUUCCGGAACUCCAAGACAUGGGAGGCCCAAUUGAAGGUGGAUUUAGUGUUGCUUUUGAUCCGCUCGAUGGCUCCAGCAUUGUCGACACAAACUUCACUGUAGGCACCAUCUUUGGUGUGUGGCCAGGAGAUAAGUUAACUGGGGUAACAGGAAGAGACCAAGUUGCUGCAGCCAUGGGAAUUUACGGUCCUAGAACUACAUAUGUUCUUGCCAUCAAGGGCUUCCCUGGAACCCACGAAUUUCUUCUUCUCGAUGAAGGAAAGUGGCAGCAUGUCAAAGAGACAACAGAGAUUGGUGAAGGAAAGAUGUUUUCGCCUGGAAAUUUGAGAGCCACGUUUGACAAUCCAGACUAUGACAAGUUGAUCAACUACUAUGUAAAAGAGAAGUACACAUUGAGAUACACCGGAGGAAUGGUUCCGGAUGUCAACCAGAUAAUUGUGAAAGAGAAAGGGGUUUUCACAAACGUUAUAUCUCCAACCACGAAAGCCAAGCUGAGGCUGUUAUUUGAGGUAGCUCCAUUAGGGUUGUUGAUUGAGAAUGCUGGAGGCUUUAGUAGUGAUGGUCAUCAGUCUGUGCUAGACAAGGUGGUCGUUAACCUCGACGAUAGAACUCAGGUUGCUUAUGGAUCGAAAAAUGAGAUUAUCCGGUUCGAAGAAACUCUAUACGGAUCAUCCAGGCUCAAGGGGGUGCCUGUUGGAGCUGCAGCUUAAGCCAUGCAUUCCUUCCGUAUAAUGGUGCACAAAUUUUCCCAAGGUGGUGGAAAUGGAUCCAUCAAGUUCAUUUUAAUAUAUCGUUAAUUAAUCUUCAUUUCACACAUGGUUUAAAUUAUACUCAGAUUCAGAGAGGUUUGCUUGUUACAGUUUGUAUUAGGUAUAUGUGUAGCUGUGCACCUUAAUCUAAUUCACCUUUCUAUAGCAACUUGGUGCGUGUUUACAAAGCA